GAAAUCAUAUAAUAUGUCACUGCUUUUGUCCCACCAUGCCGAAUACAAAACGAAAUCAUCACACUGAUAAGCAAUUUUCCCCUUUUCCUGGAAACUGGUAACUCAUUGGGAAAACACCCGAACACUCACCGUCGACUGCACGACGAGUGAACCGUGCUGCUGCAACUCCGACACUAUCCUCCGAGGGCUUUUUCGUCCUCCGACGACGGUCAGUCACAGUUGAGCCACAAUCCGAACCGGUAACGAAAAUUCAACAAUCAGCACCACUCUCUCACCACGUAGAACAACCAACCAUCAAUCUCUUGAAUUUGUACCUUCAGUGCUUGGAUUGGAUAACACAGAGCAGCGAAAAAGGACAACCGUGGGCUCGCACACAAACAUACCCGCGCGGUGUCGUCGUCGCUGUCGCGCGCCGCGUGCAACCAUAGUCUAAUUGAAAAGUGGAAAAUGUUGUCGAUGGUUUUCCGUUGUCGUAGUGGUCGUUCUCGUCGGUCUAGUCGGCGGGAAGUGGUACAUACACCUGGCGGAGGAUACAAACGCUAGGGCACCGACCGGUGGCACAGUUACUUCCUUUGUAGUUGAAUAGUUCAUCGAGUUUUGAUUGAGGAUUUAAGCUCCUGGAAAUUUCUCCAAUUUUAGAAAACAAGAAAGCAUAUUGGAAGUUGUAAUUCUGGAAUGUUUUGAAAACAAUGUGUACGAAUCGCAGCGAAUGGAAGAAGGCUGGUGUGGUGAUUUAGUGAAUUCCAUUAUAUAAUGCCCUUUGGUACCACCACAGUGCAGUGUUGGCGUCUGUGUGUGCGGGGGAUUGUGAGCCCUGACUGUGAGGAAAAGCGACACGGAGAGGUGUGAUAUGGUAACCGAUGAACUCGGUACGUGACUUCGCAGUAACUGGAACGAUACGCAAAGCCAAGGAUCCGAAUAGCAAAAGGAGAUGUGAGUGAACCCGAAAGGAUCUAACGUGUCGCUUUGAAGUACAGCAAGCUGGUUCGGUCGGUUGAGUGUUGUGACGACCGCUGAUGCCAGUAGAAGGAGGAAGUAGCUUUUCAACUGUGGAAUAAAAACGUAGAUAGGAAAAUAGUGUCUGUGUGUGCCUGGAAUUUUGAAUGUGGAAUUAAAAAUAGACCAAGUCGCGCUUUGUUCUCACCGGGAUACGGAGCGUGGAUAAUGAGCGUAAUGGAAGUUUGCUGAUUGGAAUUCGAAUCAAAAGUGCAGGGCGAAGAAUUCCCCGGAAUAAAGCUGCGUGACUACGUUCUUUUAAAAAAGAGAGGUAGAAGUGUUUUGUAACUUUAUUCGUCGGAGCGUGGGAGCCACAUCGGGUGUGAAAAAUAAUUGCAAUCGAUAAAACCAACUGAAGGCAAGCGUCGCGUGUGGUCGGCUAGAGUGUGUGCGGUGCGUAUGUGUUUCUCGGGACGAAUCGAGUGUAUUAUGAUGGUAGAGCAAUUACCAACCACAACAGAAGAAAAGGCGUCAACAACCCAUCGAUCGUGGAUUGAAUAUCAUGCUCACAGAGCAUCACCAGCCAGAGCAGCCGAAACACGAAGGAGGUGCCGCAACUACAACACUUCGCAAAGCCCUAAUCAAGCACGGUCGCAAACUCACGCGGAAUCAGUUUUGUUCAUCGCAAGAUAAUUUGGGAGCUUCCGAGUAUCGCAAGGAUCGACGCGUCCAUGGGCUGCAGCUACCAUUGCAUCCACUUCAGCUAGUCGGUUGGUUUGCGUUGAUUCUGUUCGGUUACUCGACCUUUGCCGUGCUGAUACCGGCUCUCAAGCCCUCGGUACAGGAACCGCUGUACUAUCUGCUAGCUGCACUCUAUCUGUUCCAUCUGGUAUCCCAUCUGGCAGCACUGCUGCUCGAUCCGGCCGACGUAGAGCUUCGUCGGAAGAGCACUCGAACGGUGGUGCCCGAGUUCGACCGCAGUAAGCAUUCGCACGUGAUUGAGAACGGACGGUGCCAUCUGUGCAACAUCAAAACCAGCAGCCAACGAACCAAGCACUGUAGCGUUUGCAAUAAGUGCGUCGGUACGUUCGAUCACCAUUGCAAAUGGUUAAAUCACUGUGUCGGCGGUCGAAACUAUGCGGCAUUCCUUAUGUGCGUGGUGAGUGCUGUCAUCGCGGCGUUGGUCAUUCUGGCCGCGGCUGUCGUCGAAAUCGUCUUGUACCAUGUACAGCCCGAUUGGCUUAAUUUGGCCUGGUUUGGUUUCGCGAACGAUACGGCUACUGCCGGUACCACCAUCGCCGACUCUGCUGCGGAUCAAACGGAUCCGGAUCUACAGAACACUAACACUUCACUACCGACACUCUUGGAAAACAUCACAAGCUCUGCUCAGGAUUUGCUACUGAAUCAAACAUUCUUCAAUGAUACGACGACGGAGAAUGUCACCGAUUCGACGGAAUCGACAGCCGAAAAAGCUCUGGAAUCCACCGGAAUCAGCGUCAACAACACCAUAUUCCUGGUGUUCAUCGGAUUCCUGGGAAUCCUGGCUGCGAUAGCAGCGGGCCUGCUCAUACAUCUCUGCUUCUUUCAUGUCUACAUUUCGUUCCUCGGUCUCACCACCUACGAGUACAUCCGCAACAAUCGUCAAAAUGUGAUGACCAAUCUGCCAACGAUCGCUCAGAACGCACGACACCUCGCAAACGGCCCAUCAACAACCACUACAUCUACCGCAGGCACAACCUCCAAGCUGAGCAUAUUCACCACCAACUGUACCAAACCGAAUCACCUUCCCGAGCUAUACGUCUGUUCCUCGAUCAACCCCUCGGUCCUGCCGGUGUCGGGCACUUUGAACGACCUGAACCGCCAACGACCUCGUACCUUGCAUUGCUGUGAUAAUUCGAAAGAAUGUACCAACAACAUCACCUCGGCAGGACUCCGGAACCUGGAUGCGGUCUCGUUGGCUACGGCCACUACCAGCACAUCGACUGCUUCUCACCAGAAAGCAGCUUUCUACAUGUGUUCAAUGCUGGAAGAACGGAACGUUGCCACUGUCAAAGGACAUUCCCGUGAAAAGUGUGAAUCACGGACGUUCCACUGUUGUUCCCAGUUGCGGCAAACCAUCAACGGAGAUGACUUUGAGACUACCACCACGGCGGAGUCGUACGUCCACUACAGCGAACAGUGCACGUUCUGUAGCUUUAAGGUCAAGCCUCCUCCGGAAAGCACGGUGGUGGACAAGAGCGACCAGAUAACUGCUGCCGCCCUUCAGGAGAAGCGAUGUUGCGUCAAAUCUCUCACUAAGCACCAUCGGUGGAAGAGGAAAUGGAACUGUUGUUCCAACGUUCCGGACAGUCCGGACGUUCCAGGAGACCCGCUGAGGUCGAUAUCGGCUGUAGUCCAGCAACAGAUCUCUGCGCCAACUUUCCCGGAGAUUACCAACGUAGUUGAACAUAAUCAUUUGCAUCAGCAGCAGCAACAGCUGAAUCUCUACGAACUGACAAAUAAUGAAAAUCGUGCCAAUAACAAUAGGAAUAAUAACUGUGUUAGCAACAAUAACAGUAGCACUAGUACCGGUAGCAGUAACAGUAGCCGAAAUGGAUUCCACGACAACAACAGUCUGAUGACGUCGUCAGUUGGCGAGCACAAUGCCAUCAACAACAACUACACCAGCAUGAGUUCGACGAGCAACGGUAACAACAAUCGCAUCCUGAACGAUGCCAACGGGAACGAUGUAAGUCUGAUGCCCAACAGUGUUUCUCCGGUACCGAAGCGUCCUCGAGCGCGCCUCGUUCGCCCAUGGCCAGUGGUCCGUCUGCGGCACAUGAUGCGAAUGAUCGAUCGCUACCGCCGACCACGUUGUAGACCUGGUCUCAAUCCGGCAUCUACCAACACCAACACUUCCGUCGCAUCAGCUUCCUGUGUUAAACAGAACCAGGUACGACCGCUCUCGACCACCGAGUGUUCCACUGUGGUAACCGCAGGAAUGUCCGCCUGCGGACCGGGAUCGCCUUCCGUCCAGCAUCAUCAUGGCACCAUUCGCGCGGAAGUUCCGCCAACGAUGCCAGCUCUGCCACCACCGGCACGACGCAAGCUCAAGAAUACCACCGAUGACCUGCAGCAGCUGGCCGAUACGUUAGUCUUCGUCCAGCAUCAACAACAACAGCAACAACAACCGACAACGAUCCGAAUACCGGUCCAUCCACCAUCGUCGUCAUCGUACCGGCGCAACCGACGCAAGAACGUAAUACGUAAUCGCAGCCCGACGCUGUCGCCAAUCCACGAAUCCGGCCUGUCGAAUCCGACCUCGCCGCAGCCCUGUCGGCACUCGUGCUCCGCUAGCAUAUCGUCCCUAACGUCGCCCGUCGCUAGCAUUUGCUCCGGCGGUGGAAGUGCCGUAGCCGGUGGUCCUACAACCUCUGUAGAUAGAUCUCCCUAGAAGACUAGUUCGUGUGUACGUGUUUCCCCCUCGUUUCCUGUAACACUUUCCGCGCAACGCCGUAUACCGUACUAUGCUAUCCGGGUAUCAUCAACUAUGCCACUUCUUCGCGACAACUAUUUCUCCUUACUCGACUUCUUAUAUCACAAGUGUUGAAAUAAUUGAAUUGUUAUGUACAAUAUUGUAGCUAAGCAAAUUACAAAAAAAAAAAUGAAAUGUGAGAUCAGUAUUUGUGAAACAACGAAAUUAAAAUUUCUAAAACCUAGUGGAAGAAGAUUUUUUGGAAAAUAAAGUUUUUACUUUUUGGUGGAGAUGGACAUCUCCCUAUUUAGCGGAAGUGAAUAAAUCCGACGACGAGGAGGACGUAGUAGGAGAAAAACAAACCAAUAUAUCUAAAUUAGUGUUAGUUAAACCGAAUCGUGAUUGUACGGCACACAGAAUAAAAGCUGAAGAUUUAGAACGAGCAGUUGAAGAAGAAGAAGAAGAAGAAGAAGAUAGUGGAGGAGUAGAAAUUGGUGCACACACAUAGAAGCAAGUGGAAGAUUAUUAUAUAUUUGUUUUAUAAUGCAGAGAAGAAAUGGUUUUAAAGAAAGGCAAAAUAUAUAGAAAUAAAAUAUUUGUUUCUAGACGGAGUGAAAAUUCCAAACAGAAAAAAAACAACGAUUGUUGGGAAUGUGUUGUAAUUUCAAGAGAAAUCGACAUGCUUAUCUCUAAUUCUGGAUCCGGGGGCAGAGUCGUCGCUUGCACGGUGGCAUUUAAUGAUAAAAUUGGUCUAAUUUAUCUAUUUUUAUCUGGCGCACUAAUCAUGGAGGGUGUUCGACGGCACAUAAUAAUGGAUGUGCUUUCCCUACCGUCUGCUGUUGUAUCGCAAAACGUGGUUGGGGUUGGUUCUUUUUUUAGGAUACGGUUUUGUGGAAAGUGGAGCAGCGGUGGUGAGGCGGGAUGAUAGAGUGUUUUUCCAAACAGACAUUUAUGUUGAUUGCCUUUAAAAUGGAGCUUUGCGUGACCAUAAGGUACAUUCGGAA